CUGGUCUUUGUCUUGAGUGUAUAUAUAUAUAUAUAUAAAUCAUACCGGAGCAAGACCAGAUCCAUCACAACAAGUUCAGUCAUCAUGUUUGAGAAGAACAAACUUCAGCCUACCUUUGAGGAUGUUAUGGGGUGUCAGGCAGCGUGCUAUGAGUGGGCAGACAGCUACGAUAGCAAGGACUGGGAGCGUCUCCGCAAGUGCGUAGCGCCGACACUGCGCAUCGACUACCGGUCGUUCCUCGACAAGAUAUGGGAGGCGAUGCCGGCCGACGAGUUUGUGGCCAUGGCCUCUAACCCGGCGGUACUGGGCAACCCGCUGCUCAAGACACAGCAUUUCAUCGGCGGGACUCGGUGGGAGAAGACGGCCGAGGACGAGAUGACGGGCUACCACCAGCUGCGGGUGCCGCACCAGCGGUACACGGAUGAGUCGCGCAGCACCGUGGCGGUCAAGGGCCAUGCGCACAGCUUCAACACGCACUGGUACAAGAAGGUCGACGGCGAGUGGAAGUUUGCGGGGCUCAACCCAGACAUCAGGUGGUAUGAGUACGACUUUGAUAAGGUGUUUGCCGAGGGCCGCGAGCAGAUGAGCGAGGCAAAGGCGGCGGCUGGGAUCCCGGAAAAGGCCUAGAUGGCUCGGCCCAUGGACGGAGAGGGAGAGGGAGAGAGUGUGUGUGUGUGAAGAAGAGCGAUGUAGUUAUGAAUACGAAACGAUGCGAGCAAGCGAAAGCAUGUGCUGGC